UCCAAUGCAAAAUACACCAUUAACGAGCGGACAGACGAGCAGAAAGAUUCCUUCUUCAACUAGUGAAGAUAACCAAAGCUUGGACCAGCGAACCGAUCCGCAUUCCAAAACACACCAUCUGUACCCCCAACGCUCUUAACAGACAAUCAAACAUCUGUUGCGCCUUCUUCUCUCUCCCCAGCGCCUUCAACCUCAAAGCUACCGACAUUGGCAAUCCCGUGAUAAAGAGAUUUUUAUUUUUCUUCGAUUGUCUUGGUGGGAAGCGGUAAUGAUGGGGAGAGGAGAAGCGAAAGCCGGCGUCGAGAUCAAAGUGUCCAAUCCUCGUCGGGGAGACAACGUGGUACACCCGGAGUCGGGGGGGCAGAAUAAUGAGGCUACAUCAACCCGCCCGUCGAGGGCGUUAGGUCACCGGUCACAACACCAUUUUGUCAGCGACUUCAAGCCGUUCAAGAGGUGGUUCCCGUGGUUGGUGCCGACGUUUGUGGUGGUUAACAUUUUGAUCUUCGUGGUCACCAUGUAUAUCAAUAAUUGCCCCAAGAACUCCGCCUCGUGCGUUGCUAACUUCGUUGGCAGAUUCUCCUUUCAGCCCCUUAAAGAGAAUCCCCUUCUUGGCCCUUCAUCUACAACGUUAGAGAAGAUGGGAGCCCUAGAAGUCAAUAAAGUGGUGUACAAACACCAGGCAUGGCGCUUGAUAUCCUGUAUAUGGUUACAUGCUGGGGUCUUUCAUGUGCUUGCGAAUAUGUUGAGUCUUGUAUUCAUUGGAAUUCGGCUUGAACAAGAAUUUGGGUUUGUUCGGAUAGGCUUGCUCUAUGUCAUAUCUGGUUUUGGUGGGAGUUUACUAUCAGCUCUCUUCAUUCAAAUAGCCAUCUCUGUGGGUGCCUCUGGUGCUCUUUUUGGUUUACUAGGAGGCAUGCUUUCAGAGCUUAUUACAAAUUGGACCAUAUAUGCUAAUAAGUUGGCAGCAUUGUUGACUCUUGUCUUCAUCAUUAUAUUAAACUUAGCUGUGGGAAUCCUCCCACAUGUCGAUAACUUUGCUCAUAUUGGAGGAUUUCUUUCUGGCUUCUUCCUUGGAUUUGUGUUUUUAAUCCGACCCCAGUUUGGAUGGGUUAACCAAAAGAGUUGUCCUCCGGGAUACAUUGCACCUCCAGCUAAAUCUAAGCACAAGGCAUACCAGUAUGUGCUAUGGGUUAUCUCACUGAUUCUGUUAACUGUUGGUUUUACUCUUGGGUUGGUUUUCCUUCUUCGAGGGGUCGAUUUGAAUGAUCACUGUUCCUGGUGUCAUUAUUUGAGCUGUGUCCCUACUUCAAAAUGGAGUUGCAAGUCACAUCCCAGUUAUUGCGAGUCAAGCCAACUCGGGAAUCAACUGAACUUGACGUGCAUAACCAACAAGAAAAGCAACAUGUAUAUGUUGUCGGACAAUAGCUCGUCCCAGGUUGAGCAACUAUGUUCUCAGCUUUGCAGUUGAUGGAUGCACAUAUAUAGCAGGUAAUUGCUUGAACAUGCCAUGUGACAGCUGUAAAUGAUACAUAUUGUUCUGUAGAGAGCAUUCUUCUGUGUCCACAAGGUAAUCUUAAAUUUCGUUCUUUCUGGAAUUAUUUUGUGGAUCUUGAUCUUGAGAAUUUUUGUGAGAACAAUACCUCGUCAGCUUUA